CCCGGCCUGAGGAGAAGCAGAGGCCGGCCUGGCCCAGGGCAUCAGUCCCGCCGCCGCGGAAGAGAGAAGCGAAGAAGGCAGCUCACUUCGGGGAGCGGGAAGCGGCCCCUGCCCCCGAGGUGGUCCCACAGCGUGCCCCUGCCUUCUUUUGCAGCCCUGGUGGUCCGGUUCCUCACCAAGAGGUUUAUUGGCGACUAUGAGCCGAACACCGGUUCCUUGUACUCUCGUCAGUUCACCCUUGACGGGGAGGAAAUCUCUCUCCAGGUUCAGGACACCCCCUAUGUGGCCCUGGAGGAAAACAGCGAGGUCAUCGUCUGCCAGGAGCAGGUGAACCGCUCCAUCUAUUGGGCCGAUGGCUUCGUGUGUGUCUUCUCCAUCACUGACCUCGAUAGCUACCGCAUCAUCCGGCCCCUCUACCAGUACAUCCGCAAGAUUCACCCCAAUGCCAACAUCCCCCUGCUGCUGCUGGGUAACAAGGGUGACCUGCUUAGGGCCCGCCAAGUGUCCUCGGAUGAGGGGGAGCAGCUGGCCAGGGAGCUAGGUGGCAGCUACUCGGAGGUGUCCGCCCGGGAGAAUUUCGACAGCGUGAACGAUGCUUUCCAGCAGCUGUGCCAGCUGGUGGGCCGCAUCGGGGGCGGGGGCAGCGGCCCCAGCGUGGGCCCUGGCGCUAACGCCAACGCCGGGAUCGGUGCCUGCAGCAGUGUCUGUGUGGAAAAGCGCAGGGGUCUCCACCUGGCCCGCCCCAAGUCCCCCAACAUGCAAGACCUGAAGCGGCGCCUGAAGCAGGCCCUCUCCUCCAAGAGCAGGUCUGCCACUGCCCCCGCCCCAGCCAACAACAUCUGAAAAAGUCCAGGUGUGGGAGGGGGAGCCCAGCUAGGAGACCCCUGGCUAUAUUCAUGGUUCUGUUUUGUGUUCCUGGCCUUGUGGUUGUGGUGUGGUGUGCCCUUGCAUGUGUUUUUUGUGUUCAUUUUGGGGGUGAAUCAAGGGCCCGAAGGAGAGAGCCCAGCCCAGACUGUCAAAUGCCCAUGGGCCAUGGCACCGGAGCCCUCAGAUUGGGUAAGACAGGGCAGGGACCAGAGGGCUUGGAGGGAGACCAGCUUCCCUUUCUGAUCAGUGAGAGAUCCCAGGCCUCCCAAGAGCCCUGUGAGGUGGGGCCUGUGCGCAUUCUUCUUCUCAUCUGACAGAAGUGGAAACUGAGGCUGAGCUAAGACUUCAAAUUGGGUCUUUUAACUCCAAGUACAGUGCUCUCUUCACUACAUCCCAACUGCCCAUCCAUGUCCUAGGGAACAUCGAUUGACUUUAGGAGACACCCCAGGCCUCCCUUUGCCCUAGUACUGGAGCGGAGGCCGGGCAAGCAUUACUGACUGGGAGGGUUCCCUGGGGCCCCCCAUUGUUCUUCAGCAAGUAGAAUGUGAGCUCCUCGAGAGCAGAGGUCAUCUCGCUUUUGUAUCUGUGUUCCCAGUGCCCGGCACCUAGGCGGUGCUUAAUA